AUGUCGCAGGUACCACCAUCUCGAGGCGCGACUUCUGGAACGAAGCCAUUCCGUCUCCUCGAUCUUUCGCCAGAACUCGUCCUCAGAGUACUCGACUUCGCCGUCAUCCGCAGCACUAAGAACAACCCUCUGCACAUUUACCUCGACGGGAAAGAGCCAGAAAGCGCCGUGGCUGAUCUCUACCGCGAGACCAGCUAUGACUCCCAUGUGCUAGUCAUUCCCGAGGUCACUCGGACCUGCCGCAUGCUUCGUACGGAAGGCUGGAAGAAAUUCACACAGGGCAACACCUUUAAAAUCGAGACCACGAUAUCUGGAUUCGCCCAUUUGCUGAUGUGGGGGGCCAACAUUGACAGGCAAGCUUUGGGCACACGACCCAUCUUGAUGUAUUGGGCGCGUGAUGAAAGCUCUACAACAAGCACGCUACAGUGGGGGGACUGGAUGAACGAGGUCAAUUAUUUCAUCGAUGAAUUCUUGCUGUCGUCGGACCUCAAGUGCUCCAUCCUCACCUGCAAUGGCAAAAUCCUUCUCGAGACUAGGGCCAGUUGCGAGUGCUACUUUCUCUGUUUCAACCAAGGCAACAACCAGAAGGACAAAGACCAGACCUGGGUAGAGUGGAAGGAAGCUGGUCGCUUGCCGUUUGAUAUAGGGACUCUCGACUGGUGA